UUGUUUUGCUAGUAGAAUAUAUAUAUAUAUAUUUGCAUGCAUUCUUCAAUCUUUCACGAUUUGAUACAAUGAAAGACAGUUCUAGCAGCAGUGGUGGCGGAGGACGAAAGCAAGGCGCCGCGUCACCGUGUGCGGCGUGCAAGCUUUUGCGACGCAGAUGCUCUCACGAUUGUGUUUUCGCUCCCUAUUUUCCUGCCGACGAACCUCACAAAUUCGCUAGUGUUCAUAAAGUCUUUGGGGCUAGCAAUGUUAACAAGAUGCUCCAGGAAUUACCGGAGCAUCAUAGAGGAGACGCGGUGAGUUCAAUGGUGUACGAAGCCAAUGCUAGGAUCAGGGAUCCGGUUUAUGGUUGUGUAGGUGCGAUAUCAUCUCUACAACAACAAAUAGACGUACUUCAAGCACAAUUGGCCUUGUCACAAGCCGAGGUUGUUCACAUGAGAAUGCGCCAAUACUCAUCGAGUCCAACAAACCAAUCACCCGAAAACAUCUCACCUCAAUCACGACACCACCCAUCACAAACACCAACAAGGUCCCUUUUUGGCAUGGACAUGGUGGUUGACCAAACUAAUAUGGGCAUGGGGGAGUCCUUAUGGUCCUCAUAACUAAAACCCAUAUAAUAUUUUUACUACUACUUGAGGCUUUCUUUGUUGUUUGCCGCACGCCCCCCCCCUUUUUUUUUAUUUCGGUUUUGCUUUCUUUUAUCUUUUAUUUUCUUGAUAUAA